GUUUAAUUGUUUCCAUAGAAAACGAAUUCAAUUGCGUUACUGCUCAGAUAUCUUUUCGUAUAUCAAAUAAGAUUCUAUUCGUGAUGCCUAAUUUAUUGAUGUGUAUCCUUCCAUAUGAUGAACGAGUUCUCCUUGACGGAACUCAGAAACUAACCAAAAAACGAAGUAGCUAGUUUUGCUAAAUCGUUUUUUAUAAUUUCACUCUUCUCAAAACCGAUAAGCCGAUUCAUUUCACACCACUGCUAAUAAAAUUUGAGAGAAUUAAUCCACGCAGCCACAUGCUUGUGUCGCAAUCGUAAUCUUCAUUCUAACAUGAUCAAUUGAUUUUGAUCGGAUUUACAUCUUCAGUUUUCUUGUCUGAUGUCAAAACAUUUCUAGAAUAUCAGAAGAUGAUACGCUUCAACUCAUCUCGUACGCCUUCAACAUACCUGAGGAAGCAAUCAAUGAGUAUCUUCAGCUAUCUGUGGUUCAUAAUUGAUUUGAUGGUGAUGGUGGUGACUACAACUGUGAUCAUCGUUCUGUUCAUGAGAAAGAAUGAACUGCGCGAAUUUUUCAUGGGACGGUUCUAUUUGGUGUAUAUCAUUUUAUCAGUCGGCGUCUUCCUGUUCUCUCUGUCUGUAUUCGUGAAACAAAUCCGUUCGAAAUCUCUUCCUGUUUGCAUAAUGCUUGAAUUUACAGAUAUACUGUGCCAUCUUUGCGAUGUUGUCAAUCAUCACGAAUGUUUGCAGUUACUUGAUCAUGAAAGGUGUUAUUCCAGUGGCGAGUACUCAGAUAAUCUGCAUUCUGGAAUUGAUUUUCACUGGGUUGUUCAUAAUCUUCGUGGCGUUCACUUGUCUAAUACAAAUAUGAAAAGAAAUGCAGCUGAUGAGAUUAUGGAAGGUUAUGAUACAUCUGAGAAGAAUUUGAAACGUCAACGUCUGGAAAGACAACCAUUCUCUGUGAGUCAAGUGAUUUGGUUCGCCGUCGACACAGUAUGGAUGGUGUUGAUAACAGUUGCAAUAGUUAUAUCGUUGACCAUAAUAAAACAACUUUGCAAUUUCUUCAAGCAAAAUGCUUACGUGAAGUAUCUCAUUUUGCUAGGUGGUUUCAUCCCGCUGCUUCUCUUUCUAUUCGUGAAGAAGCUUCAAAUGCACUGUCUCAUUGUUCGCAUACUGCUUGGAUUAACAGUUACAAUGUGGUCUGUGUGCUUCGCUGCAUUGUUGGGACCCAUUGAUGUGAUAUCUGGAUUAGUGUCACUGGGUGUGACAAUUGUUCUGUCGGUUGUCAUGGUUGUUUUAGCUCUAAAGCUGCCACCGCUGAGUGAAAAAGGAUUGUUUAUUUCUCUGACGACACUACUUACUGUUAUGUGUUUGGUAUUCGCUGAGGCAGUUUCGAAAUUCAUUCACAAAAACUAUGAGUUGCUUGCUGUACAAGGAGUACUGUCUUGCAUCUUUGUACUCAUUAUGAUGUUUAUCUUUGUCAAUAAACGACAAUUAAUUCUGGAGCCGCUGUCAUCUCCUUGCUCAGAAACCUUUCUGGGAUUUAUCGUCUGGUGUACGAUGAUAGGCCUAUUCACUCAAGUAUUAAUCUGCUUUCCAUCAUGGAGUGCUACAACUUGUCCAGUUUGAUGAGGAUGUUUCAAAACUUCUCAGUGUUUUGGCGAUUGUUUCCAUUCACAGAUUCAAUAAACAAGCGUAUUCAUUAAACGUCUAUUCCAUACUACUUUCAGACUUCUUGUUCACUCAUGCAAAUAUCAUUUAUGCUUUUUCCCCUGCUUUAUGUGAUCCUUCGAAUCCCUGAAACACUGGGAUUCAUCAAGUAUAAGAUAAGA